CCCGUUUUCCUCUUCGAGAAGCUACUGCGAGUGUUCUCCUCUUUCCCAGUUUUGCUUUUCGGUUCUUUUCCUACAUAACUCCUCUUGUCCUCUAAUGAACUAAAGGAGACGUGAUUCAUUUGCUUCUGUUGAAUUGCUUCCAGUUAUAGCAAUUUUAUCACAGAGACACGCAAAAAGAAUCUCAGAUCUUAAUGGCGGCUCAUCUCCGGCCAUGUCCGGCGAACUCCUUCGUCUUCAAUUCAACUCUCUGUGCCUGCAACCCUGGCUAUGUCCUAAACUCCACCACCAACACUUGCAAUCUUUUCAAGGUCGACGGUAAUGUUUUGAUGAUGGAGACUGGAGUUGAUUACUCGCUGAAUUGGCCAGUGUCGAUAUUCUCCUUGGAAUCGCUCAAGAAGUUCACUCAGUCAGAGGCUGUAUUUCUGGAGGCUACGCUCUUUAUGCUGCUCAGUUGGUUAUUAUUCUGUUUCCUCAUCAGGUUAGGUAAACUUGGUGAUGGGAGGACCUUGUGGUUCCAGAUCAGGUGGUGGAUUAGCCGCUUGGAUUUCUGCUUUGCCACUCGACAUUGGCUGGAUGAUCAGAAGGUAGUUAAGAAGCGGAAAACAGAGCUUGGAGGAACCUUCUCUGUAGCAGCUUGGAUACUUUUCAUUGGUUUACUUGCUGCGUUGCUCUACCAGAUUAUUUCUAAAAGAAGCGUUGAGGUUCAUAAUGUGAGAGCUACGAAUGGCCCUGAUUUGAUGUCCUUCAUGAAUGACAUGGAAUUUAAUAUUACUACAAUUUCUAGUAUGAGCUGUUCUAACCUACGCAACCUUGGUACUUUCGUGUCUAGAACACCAGGCUUCCCUGAUUACAGUAGUCACUCUUUGUCAACCUUCGCAAACUAUUCAUGUCACAAUUCUAGCUGGGGACCAACUGUAAUUCUCAAGUGCAACAAUUGUCCAAUAAUUCUAGACAAUUUGUACAUUUCAUGGCAAUUUGUUGAUAUUCCAAAUGUCCCUGCGACUGCUGUGGGUUUCCGGUUCAAUCUUACUGCAAAGAACCAUGGUGAUGACAAACAUGUUAGCUUCAUCAGUGGCACACUGAAGAACACAAGCAACAAAGAUGAUAGGCCUAUUACAUUCAGGGGUGCAAAAGUAAAUAUAUUAAAGUUCAAUUUGUUUCCCCGGUUAUAUAAUAAUCUGCAUGGGCUAAAGCUCCUCCAACCUCUAUUUCAUGAUUUUAUCCCGGGUUCAUCUAUUUUUGAAUCAAGUCAGCUCCGAACCUCACUUGAGAGUAAUGGAGAUGGAUUAAUCAAUACCACUUUGUUUGUCCAUCUUCUCUCUGCCUACAUUGUUGAGAUUGACAAUCGAAAUAUAUUUGGAAUUGUGGGCUUCCUCGCAGAUCUCGGUGGUCUUUAUGCUAUUAGUAUUGCCAUCUUUUUCUACUGGUUGGUACAAGUAAGUUUUCAAUUGCGUUGCACACUCCUUACCUUGUCCGUACUUCUCAAUUCUUACUAUACAUUUAAUUCCCUUCAGCUAAUGUAAGACUAGACCUUCACUGCUGUGGUUUUUUAGACCUCUUACCAUAGUUGUCAAGGCAUCACCUAGGCAACUACCAGUUUCCAUGUUGUCAACAUUCCCAGAGGAGAGGGGUGGAGGAGCAAGGAGUGUACCUUUUACUUGUCAUUGUUUGAGGUUUUCCUUCCAUCAUCUGGUGUGAAGAAGACAAUGCUGCAGUGUCUGACUUUUGUCCAGAAAAUCUUAAAACCCCAAUCGGGCUUGUUUCUUUCAUGACAGUUUAAUAUUUAAAGACAAAUCAGAAGACAAAUUCUACUUUGCAUAUAGGCCCCUCAUAUUUUAAAUUUAAAAGAAUUAAUUUCUUUAUUUAACACAUGAACCCUUAUUCAUAUUUAAAGAGAACAUGUUAAUAAAUUCUACAUAUAAAUCCCCUAUUCAUCUGGUAUGCUUAGAAAACAAGGCAUCCCAUAGAUAAGUGCCAAGCAUAGUUCAAGACUUCAGUUUUGACCAGGGUUCCAACCCUGGUCAAAACUGAAAUAUUUUGGAUUUCGGUUGAAAUCUGGUACAUUUCAGUUGCAUGUUUCGUUUGGCCAUUUUUGGCCCAAAACUUCAGGAACACCUUGUUCCACCAAGAAAUGUAGGUAAUUUGGAGAAAAUUACCAAAUCUGGGUUUUUUUUUUUUUUU